AUGGCGCCAAUCCACCCGGAGUCGGGGGCGGGGCAGUUCUAUGAUAUGUCGCCCCCGAAAAGAUUAGGACGAGGGAGGCAUGCCAUUGUCUUCGAAUGUCGUGAUCCAAGCGGUCGCAUCUAUGCUAUGAAGCUAUUCAAGCAAGACAGCAGAGACAGGAUCCGUCGCGAACUCGAGAUAUUCCAAUAUCUCCAAAAUGGCCCGAAUAUCAUCAAGUUCAUAGACGCCGUCCAAGGUGAGGAGGGGUCCAACAUCGGCAUCAUCCUCGAAUACGUCGAUAACACAGAUUAUCGAACGCUGUAUCCUCGGUUUAAUGACCUGGACAUCCGAUAUUACACCCGUGAGCUUCUGAGAGCUUUGGACUUUGCUCAUAGCCAAGGUGUUAUGCAUCGUGAUAUUAGACCCCAAAAUGUGGUGAUCGACCAUGAGAACAGAAAGCUCCGCCUAAUAGGCUGGAGCUCAGCAGACUUCUACCGACCCGACGAAGAUUUGGACACCUGUGUAGGCCUCUGGAAGCCACCAGAGCUGCUUCUCUACCAUGAACGAUACGACUUUAGCAUAGACAUGUGGUGCUUCGGGGCUAUGCUCGCAGCCAUGAUCUUCAGAAAGGAACCGUUCUUCCACGGGGCUUCGCGAAUUGACCAACUGAGGCAGAUUGCUGAAGUCCUUGGCACUGACAAACUUUACCGGUUUGUAAAUGAAUAUGACCUUGAGUUGGACGACGAGGAAAUUGAAGCUCUGGGCCAACAUCAUGAGCAAGCCUGGACCGAUUUUAUCAACUCGAAUAAUGAGAGGCUUGUAUCUGACGAGGCUCUGAGCCUUAUUGACCAAGUUCUACGAUUUGACCCGAAGGCGAGUGUUAUCCUGCGAGUGAUAGAUGGUAGUGUAUACUAA